GAUAAACGAAAAGAAAGUAAAUAAGUCGGAAAAGCUCAUUGCUAAAGCAUAUAAAUGGAUCAUUUAUCUAUGAUAAAAUCGGAAAAUAAUUACACACAGAUUUCAUUCCAAGAAUCGCUUGAAGACAAAGGGUUUCUUCAUGCCGUUCACUGUUGUAUCUAUUCUUUGAUGAAAUCAGAAUCUGUUGGGAAUAACGUGUCCCGAGCUUUAGUACAGAUGAUUCUACGUUCAGAUGGUCGUUUUGGAUUCCCAGGUGGAAAGGUUGAUGAAGGAGAAGACGUAUUAACUGCACUGAAUCGAGAACUUAUAGAAGAAAUAAAUUUGAAUAGUAAAUACUUUUUCACUCAAGCAAAUUAUCUUUUUACGCAUCGAGUAGUAGGAAAAAGUAUGUACCUUCAUUUCUAUGCAAAAGAAGUUUUGCCAGAAGAUUUGUUAAAGAUCGAAAAAGAUAUUUUGAAUGGAUCAGCAUAUGGUCAAGAAAUUUUGGGUUUGUUUCGAGUUCCUACAUAUACUGAGGAAGAUAAUUAUAAAGGAUUUCCAGCUUUCCUUUCUAAUAAUUUUGCUGCAAAUUCUAAGUUACAACUUCUGAAUUUUUUGCUUCAUGCCAAGGUUUUAUGCGGAGAAGAAAUUGAUAAAGCUAUUUCAUCAUCAAAGGAUACAUACUUCAAUUUCAUAUGAAUUGAAUCAAGUAUAAUAUUUUUCAAAUGUACAGGAAAUUUUAAUAAAUUCUACAUUUGUACAUUUACGUUUUUUUUUCAAAUAAAUAUAUGAUUUGUAGACA